GGUUAAGGCCGCGGCGCGCUCUUUUCUGUUUGCAGUCGCUGCUGGGCUGGAGCUCGCCUCUAGCUAGGCUGCUUAUUGCGCGGCUCAGUCUGCCUCCCUCGCGUUGCCUGUGCCGCGCUGGCCGAACCGCCUUCCUGGUAGCAGCAGGUGGCGGCGGCGGCGGCAGCGGCAGCAGGAACGAGAGAGUUAACCCGUGGCGGCUGCAGGAGGCACUCCGGCAGUGGCUGUGGGAGCAGAAAGGCGGCAGCAAGGGGAACGAGGGUGCAGCCGCAGCGGCGGCGGCAGCGGGUGGUGGGUUGCUAGGGAUGGAGAGCGCCCGUGUCACCCGGAUGUGAGUGUCAUGUUGGCCCCAACUCGUCGGGAUUUGCAAGCGGCGGCGGCGGCGGCAGAGAAGAAGAACCGGCGGCGGCGGCGGCGGUAGCCAGAGCGACCCCCAAGCCCUUGCCCUUCGCUAGUUAGCACCACCACCGCCACCACCAUGGGGACAGCCGGAUAGCGGGCAACGCAGGGCAGGGGGCAAGGGGAGGGCGCAUCGUCGCACACCUGGCUUGGAGCGGUGGGGAAAGGAGCGCGCGUGCCGCGGGCCCCUCGCGGAAAGUGACCAUGAUGCCCCAGCAGCAGCAACUCCCUGACGAAGCAAGCUAUGCAAAUAGCACCAGAAUUCCUCUUCCUGGUGAUGGACCAACCGUCCAGUCGAACAGCUCAGCACCAUCCAAGCAAACUGUGCUAUCUUGGCAGGCUGCAAUUGAUGCUGCUAGACAAGCCAAGGCUGCCCAAAGCAUGAGCACCACCACAGCCCAACCUGUAGGAUCUCUGUCCCAAAGAAAACGCCAGCAAUAUGCCAAGAGCAAAAAACAGGGUAAUACGUCCAACAGUCGGCCAGCUCGUGCCCUUUUCUGUUUAUCCCUUAAUAACCCCAUUCGAAGAGCCUGCAUUAGUAUAGUUGAAUGGAAACCGUUUGACAUAUUUAUAUUAUUGGCUAUUUUUGCCAAUUGUGUGGCCUUAGCUGUUUACAUCCCAUUCCCAGAAGAUGAUUCUAAUUCAACAAAUCAUAACUUGGAAAAAGUAGAAUAUGCCUUCCUAAUCAUUUUUACAAUUGAAACAUUUUUGAAGAUUAUAGCAUAUGGAUUAUUAUUACAUCCUAAUGCAUAUGUUAGAAAUGGAUGGAAUUUACUGGAUUUUGUCAUAGUAAUAGUAGGAUUGUUUAGUGUAAUUUUGGAACAAUUUACCAAAGAAGCAGAAGGGGAUAGCCAUUCGGGUGGUAAAUCAGGUGGCUUUGAUGUAAAAGCCCUAAGAGCCUUUCGUGUGUUGCGACCUCUACGGCUUGUAUCAGGAGUGCCCAGUUUACAGGUUGUCCUGAACUCCAUUAUAAAAGCCAUGGUUCCCUUGCUCCAUAUUGCCCUUUUGGUAUUAUUUGUAAUCAUAAUCUAUGCUAUUAUAGGAUUGGAACUUUUUAUUGGAAAAAUGCACAAAUCAUGUUUCUUUGACGAUACAGAUAUAUUAGCUGAAGAAGAUGCUGCACCUUGUGCAUUCUCAGGGAGUGGACGUCAGUGUCCCAUGAAUGGCACUGAAUGUAAGGGUGGCUGGGUUGGACCAAAUGGAGGCAUAACCAACUUUGAUAAUUUUGGCUAUGCAAUGUUAACUGUAUUCCAGUGUAUAACCAUGGAAGGAUGGACUGAUGUGCUAUAUUGGGUAAAUGAUGCAAUAGGAUGUGAAUGGCCAUGGAUCUAUUUUGUUAGUCUUAUCAUUCUUGGCUCAUUUUUCGUACUUAACCUGGUUCUUGGUGUACUUAGUGGGGAAUUUUCCAAGGAAAGAGAAAAAGCCAAAGCUAGGGGAGAUUUUCAGAAGCUGCGUGAAAAGCAGCAGCUUGAAGAAGAUCUCAAAGGCUAUUUGGAUUGGAUUACACAAGCAGAAGAUAUAGAUCCUGAGAAUGAAGAGGAAGGUGGUGAAGAAGGCAAACGAAACACAAGCAUGCAAGCGAGUGAGACUGAAUCAGUGAACACUGAAAAUGUUGGUGGAGAAGGAGAUAACCCAGCAUGCUGUGGAACUCUGUGUCAAAUUAUCUCAAAAUCCAAGUUCAGUCGGCGUUGGAGACGAUGGAACCGAUUCAAUCGAAGAAGAUGUAGAGCUGCUGUGAAAUCGGUUUCAUUUUAUUGGCUAGUUAUUGUACUGGUCUUCCUGAACACAUUAACCAUCUCCUCUGAGCAUUAUAACCAACCUGACUGGUUGACACAAAUACAAGAUAUUGCAAACAAAGUUCUUCUGGCUUUGUUCACCUGUGAAAUGUUAGUAAAGAUGUACAGUCUGGGCCUGCAGUCUUACUUUGUGUCCCUUUUUAAUCGUUUUGAUUGCUUCGUGGUAUGUGGCGGCAUUGUUGAAACCAUCUUGGUGGAGUUGGAAAUUAUGUCACCUCUUGGAAUUUCAGUAUUCCGCUGUGUCCGUCUUCUCCGUAUUUUUAAAGUGACCAGGCACUGGACAUCCCUGAGCAACUUGGUAGCAUCCUUGUUAAACUCAAUGAAGUCCAUUGCUUCACUGUUGCUUCUGCUUUUCCUCUUCAUCAUAAUCUUCUCAUUGCUUGGAAUGCAGCUGUUUGGAGGCAAAUUUAAUUUUGAUGAAACUCAAACAAAACGGAGCACCUUCGAUAAUUUUCCACAAGCUCUUUUAACUGUAUUCCAGAUUCUAACAGGUGAAGACUGGAAUGCUGUUAUGUAUGAUGGCAUUAUGGCAUAUGGUGGCCCAUCAUCAUCAGGAAUGGUAGUUUGUGUAUACUUCAUUAUUCUCUUCAUCUGUGGUAACUAUAUCUUGUUAAAUGUCUUCUUGGCCAUUGCGGUUGAUAACCUGGCAGAUGCUGAGAGCCUGAAUACUGCACAGAAAGAAGAAGCAGAGGAAAAGGAGAGGAAAAAGAAUGCCAGAAAAGAGAGUUUGGAUAUUAAAAAGGGGGACAAACCCGAAGGUGAACAAAAGAAGGCCAAAGAUACUAAGGUUACAAUUAAUGAGUAUGGAGAAGGAGAAGAUGAAGACAAAGAUCCCUAUCCACCUUGUGAUGUUCCAGUAGGUGAGGAAGAGGAGGAAGAAGAGGAAGAACCCGAAGUGCCAGCUGGCCCUCGACCCCGAAGAAUAUCUGAACUGAAUAUGAAGGAAAAGAUGACACCAAUUCCUGAAGGGAGUUCCUUCUUUAUUUUCAGCAAUACAAACCCGAUUCGAGUGGGGUGUCAUAGGCUAAUCAACCACCACAUCUUUACCAACCUCAUUCUUGUCUUCAUCAUGCUUAGCAGUGCUUCCCUUGCGGCUGAAGACCCUAUUCGCAGCCAUUCUUUUCGAAAUAACAUACUUGGUUACUUUGACUAUGCUUUCACAGCCAUCUUUACUGUUGAAAUCCUGUUAAAGAUCCUAGGGUAUGCAGAUUAUGUCUUCACUAGUAUGUUUACAUUUGAGAUCAUUUUGAAGCUGACAGUGUUUGGAGCGUUCCUUCAUAAAGGAUCUUUCUGCCGGAAUUACUUUAAUUUGCUGGACUUGUUGGUAGUGGGUGUUUCCCUAGUGUCAUUCGGCAUUCAGUCAAGCGCUAUCUCAGUUGUAAAGAUUCUGAGAGUUUUAAGGGUCUUAAGGCCCUUAAGGGCUAUAAACAGAGCAAAAGGACUUAAGCAUGUUGUUCAGUGUGUCUUUGUUGCUAUUCGAACUAUUGGUAAUAUCAUGAUUGUUACAACCCUGCUCCAGUUCAUGUUUGCGUGUAUUGGUGUCCAGCUCUUUAAGGGGAAAUUCUAUCGGUGCACAGAUGAAGCAAAACAAAACCCUGUGGAAUGUCGGGGCAUAUUUAUUGUAUAUAAAGAUGGUGAUGUGGAGAGCCCAAUGGUGAGAGAGAGAAUAUGGCAGAACAGUGAUUUCAACUUUGACAACGUGCUUACUGCUAUGAUGGCUCUUUUUACUGUUUCGACUUUUGAGGGCUGGCCUGCGCUUCUAUAUAAAGCUAUAGAUUCAAAUGGAGAGAAUAUAGGGCCAAUCUACAAUUACAGAGUGGAGAUCUCUAUUUUCUUCAUCAUCUACAUCAUCAUUAUUGCUUUCUUCAUGAUGAAUAUAUUUGUUGGUUUCGUCAUUGUUACAUUUCAAGAACAGGGAGAACAAGAAUACAAAAACUGUGAACUGGACAAAAAUCAGCGUCAGUGUGUGGAAUAUGCUUUGAAAGCACGACCUUUGCGUAGAUACAUCCCAAAAAAUCCUUACCAGUACAAAUUCUGGUAUAUGGUGAACUCUACUGUCUUUGAAUACAUCAUGUUUGUCCUUAUCAUGCUGAAUACACUUUGCUUGGCUAUGCAGCACUACGGGCAGUCUAAACUUUUUAACGAUGCAAUGGAUUUUUUGAAUAUGGUGUUUACUGCAGUGUUUACUGUUGAAAUGUUUCUGAAGCUCAUUGCUUUUAAGCCCAAGGGGUAUUUUAGUGAUGCCUGGAACUCGUUUGACUCCCUCGUCGUUCUUGGCAGCAUAGUAGACAUCGUUCUCAGUGAAGCUGAUCACUAUUUCACUGAUGCAUGGAACACUUUUGAUGCCUUAAUUGUUGUUGGUAGCGUCGUUGAUAUUGCUAUAACAGAAGUUAAUAACAAUGAAGACAGUGCUAGAAUCUCCAUCACCUUUUUCCGUCUUUUCCGAGUGAUGCGACUAGUGAAGCUGCUUAGCAGGGGUGAAGGAAUAAGAACAUUGUUGUGGACAUUUAUUAAGUCAUUUCAGGCUCUACCGUAUGUUGCUCUUUUGAUAGCAAUGUUGUUUUUCAUCUAUGCAGUUAUUGGAAUGCAGGUGUUUGGCAAAGUUGCUCUGAAGGAUGGUAGUCAAAUUAACCGGAACAACAACUUCCAGACCUUUCCUCAGGCGGUGCUGCUUCUCUUCCGGUGUGCAACAGGAGAGGCUUGGCAAGAAAUCAUGUUGGCCUGUAUGCCAGGAAAACGGUGUGAUCCUGAGUCUGAUUUUAACCCAGGAGAAGAAUUCACAUGUGGGAGCAACUUUGCCAUUAUUUAUUUCAUCAGUUUCUAUAUGUUGUGUGCUUUUUUGAUUAUUAACCUCUUUGUGGCUGUCAUCAUGGACAACUUUGAUUAUCUGACACGCGAUUGGUCUAUUCUUGGUCCACAUCACCUAGAUGAAUUUAAAAGAAUAUGGUCAGAAUAUGAUCCUGAAGCAAAGGGGAGAAUAAAACACCUUGAUGUUGUUACAUUGUUGCGACGUAUACAACCCCCUCUUGGUUUUGGUAAAUUAUGUCCUCACAGAGUUGCAUGCAAGAGGUUGGUAGCCAUGAACAUGCCCUUAAACAGUGAUGGAACAGUUAUGUUUAAUGCUACUUUAUUUGCUUUAGUAAGGACAGCCUUGAAGAUCAAAACAGAAGGUAACUUAGAGCAAGCAAAUGAAGAACUCAGGGCAGUUAUAAAGAAAAUCUGGAAGAAAACUAGCAUGAAGCUCCUUGAUCAAGUUGUACCCCCAGCUGGCGAUGAUGAGGUAACCGUGGGGAAGUUCUAUGCCACCUUCCUGAUACAGGACUACUUUAGGAAAUUCAAGAAACGGAAAGAACAAGGACUGGUGGGGAAAUAUCCUGCAAAGAACACUACUAUUGCACUACAGGCUGGACUAAGGACUCUUCAUGAUAUUGGCCCUGAAAUUCGGCGAGCUAUAUCCUGUGAUUUGCAAGAAGAUGAGCCAGAGCAAAAUCACCAUGAGGAAGAGGAAGUAUACAAAAGAAAUGGUGCCCUGUUUGGAAAUCAUGUAAACCAUGUUAGCAGUGAGACAAGAGAUUCAUUUCAGCAGAUCAAUACCACACAUCGGCCCCUGCAUGUUCAAAGGCCUUCAAUUCCAUCUGCGUAUGAGACAACUGAGAAAAAUGUCCAUCCUUCAACAGGGAACUCUUUAUACCAUAACCAUCAUAGCCACCAUAACCAUCAUAACCACAACUCAAUAGGGAAGCACGUUCCAAACUCAACAAAUGCUAACCUCAAUAAUGCCAACAUGUCCAAAGUGGCGAAUGGGAAACACACAGGUGCUGGAAGUCAUGAGCGUAUGUCUGAAACAGGGCACCGUUCACACUCCAGAAGUGAUCGUCAUGAAAAACAUAGAAGAUCCACUAACAGGAGAUCUCGCUAUUAUGAAACUUACAUUAGGUCAGAAUCAGGUGAUAGGCAUCUACCUACAAUUUGCCGAGAAGAUCAUGAAAUUCGGGAUUAUUAUAAUGAUGAUUACUACUUGGAUGACCAGGAAUAUUUUAGUGGUGAAGAGUAUUAUGAAGAAGACAGUAUGUUGUCAGGAAGCAGGCAUACCCAUGACUAUCACAGCAGAUAUCACUGUAAUGAUAUAGAUUUUGAACGGCCAAAGGGUUACCAUCACCCACAUGGCUUUUUUGAGGAAGAUGAUUCACAGAUGUAUUAUGAUUCAAAAAGAUCUCCUAGGAGACGGUUGCUACCUCCAACACCUCCACCAAAUCGCCGCUCUUCCUUUAAUUUUGAAUGCCUCCGCAGACAGAGCAGUCAAGAUGAAAUACCCCUUUCCCCUACUUUUCAUCACCGCACUGCUUUACCUCUGCAUUUAAUGCAACAACAGGUCAUGGCUGUUGCAGGUCUGGAUGCCACUAAAGCUCAUAGACAUUCUCCCAGCCGUUCAACACGUUCCUGGGCUACUCCACCAGCUACCCCGCCCAACCGGGACCGUACUCCCUAUUAUACACCUCUCAUUCAAGUGGAUCAAGCAGAGUCUACAGAACACAUGAAUGGCAGCCUGCCUUCUUUACAUAGGAGUUCCUGGUAUACAGAUGACCCUGAUAUUGCCUAUAGGACAUUUACGCCAGCUAAUUUGACUGUACCAAGUGACUUUAGGCAUAAGCAUAGUGACAAACAGAGAAGUGCAGACAGUUUGGUAGAAGCGGUACUUAUAUCUGAAGGAUUAGGACGAUAUGCAAAGGACCCAAAGUUUGUUUCUGCUACAAAACAUGAGAUUGCCGAUGCUUGUGACAUGACCAUUGACGAGAUGGAAAGUGCUGCAAGUAACCUUCUCAAUGGGAACAUUAGCAAUGGAACUAGUGGUGACAUAUUUCCCAUUUUAAACAGGCAAGAUUAUGAACUUCAAGAUUUUGGUCCUGGCUAUAGUGAUGAAGAGCCUGAUACUGGUAAAUAUGAAGAAGACUUAGCUGAUGAAAUGAUAUGCAUUACAACCUUAUAGUAUUUAGUAAGAAAAAUUGUGUGAUUUUAAACAAACAAAAGUGCCUCAUAGUUCCAAGAUGCUAGGCACAAGUUGGAAUUAAUAAGGAAUCAAGCUUUGCACGUGUGAUGGUGUCACAUCAUGAGGAAGCCAUACUUUAAUUUAUUAGUAAGUGUCUCCAGCAUGGUGAAGGAUGAUCAAAGUAGCAGGACAUCAAGGCCUUCGCUGCAGAAUCUUGAGUUCAUCAGUGAGUGAAGGUUGAUCUUUUGACUCAAGGAGAUUCUAACCAGCCUCUUUUCAAAAAGAUGAAGAAAAAGUCGAUAGAUUGCAGUCUUUCAGCUUGAUGCUGCUACUUCUGUUGCCCUUCAAAGUGUAAAAGUCCCUCAGUGGAAAAAGGUUUGGUACAAAAAAGAGAAGGAUAUGGUGAUGACAAUCAAAGUGUCAUUACCACUCUGAUUACACAGCAUAUCAAAUGUUCAUUGCAUUCAGCAUAUCCAUUCAAAUGUUUUCAUAUUUGCCUCCUUUUUUAUAUUUUAAAAAAAAGUAUUUGUCAAAUUCUACCUACAAGGGAUUGUUAUACUGGACUGAUGCUGAAACGCGUGUCUCUCAUAUGUAAUACCAGUUUACAUAGCAAAAUAUCAUAAAAGAUAGUCUGUUUUAUGACUAUAACAUUAAGGGCAAAAUAUACUGGAAUAAUUGCAUUUUUAACAAUGCACUUGCAACCAGGUUAAAGUAUAGAGUUAGAUAAAGAUAGUUUGUUAAAAUAUAUAUAUAUAUAUAGCAGAGAUUAUUGUAAAUAAAUUGUAAUCUACAAUCAUUUGUAUUUGUAAAGAGAUGUUCUAUAUUUUGUAAUUAUUGUACCGUAAUUGAACUGCAGCAAUAUUUAUGGAGCCUCAUUAUUGUAAUUCUCCACUGAAUUCUAGAUAGAAGUAUUUUUACUUGGACUGUAUAGAGCUAGAGGAUUAAAUAUUUACAUAGAGCCACCUCAUAUUUCUUCAUUGUAAAAUGCUUUUGAGGUAAAGAUUUAAGAAACCUGAUGCUACAGAGAUUUUAUAUAAUAUUUUGAGUCAACAGGAAUCUCACUUUACAUAAAACAUGGAAGAUGACUAUUCGAAGUCUUAUAUUUGGGAAGUUGAGAGAUUUGGAAUUAUCUAUAACCUUUUUGAUUGAAAACAAGCUGUGCUUUUAUUUACACCACAAUUCCUGCAAUAACAGGUAAAUAAAAAUAAUUUAAAUUGGGCAACUUCUAUCAAGGUUUUCUUUAACCUUGAUGUACAUAUAAGCUAUUCACAAAUUAGCCAACCAGCUCUUCUGCUUGGUAGAGACUUCUUAUAAAGAAAUAAUUUAGUAGGUGGAUGCAAAAUGUUACUCUGCUUGAAGUGGGACAGGUGAUGAAUGAUCCUUUACAGAACCAAAAGAUUCCUAGAAUGGCUUGGUUGCCUCAUCUUUUGCUGUUCUAUGUGUACUGUUUCAAUGGUUUAUUUUUAUGCAAACAAAGGAGGGCUUAGAUAUUGUUUGUGAUGCAGUAAAAUCCUGAUACUAUGGCUAGUACAAUUUUGGAGAAUGGUACAUGUCAAAAGUCUAUUUUAUUAACACUGGAUAAAUUGACUUGCUCUGCCAAGUAACCUUAUCAGGGUUUAUCUGUAUUAACAAAAUAGGUAGCAAUUAAAGUCACAUUUUUUUUAAAAUUGUGACAUAUAUAAACUAUGUUAAUACAACAUUUUGUACACAGUGGCAAUUUGCUAUGGAUACCUUACAAACCUCUUCUUGAAUCAUUCUUCUUUCAAAUGCCAGGAGAGAAUUUAAAGGUUUGUAAAUUAUUUCUUGACCAACAUCAUUUUGUAUGAAAAGAAAUGCAAAAUGUUCUGAAUAAAAAUGUGUAAUAAUUUUACUAUACCAAA